UCCUCAGUGAGUUCAAGAUGGCAGCUUGCUCUGAGCGUGGUAUGGGAAAAUAAAUCGAAAACAAAACAAUAGUGGGACUGUUAUAAACCAAGAAAACGAGUAAUGUGAGGAUCGACGAGCGUAGCACACAAAUGCACAUCGGGCAAACACAAUUCAGAGGAAUGUUAUCAACAAAGGGGCUGCGUCUUCACUGCUUUUGUGUCGGCAAUGAAGUAAUUCAAAAGAGAUUUCAGUCAGUGAUAGCUAAUGGAGAAUAAUUGGUGGAACAACAGCGAAUUUCACCUGACCCACAAUGGACAGUUUCUUCAAAGCAGCUGUCAGUGAUUUGGAUAAAUUGCUGGAUGAUUUUGAACAGAAUACAGAUGAAUUUGAAUACUGCAAGACACAUUCUGCAAGUUUUUGUGAUUUAGCUUAUCAGUCUUCCGUAGUCACUCCCCAUGGAUUUACACCAGAAAGUGUUUCAAACCCUGCAUCAGUUUUAGAAGGCACAGAUAGAGAGCACAACGUUUUUGAUUCACUUGAAUCCACAGAGAGACAAGAAAUUUAUACUAAAUUAUGUCAACAUGCUACAAAUCCUUUAACAGAUUUAGACCUUCUUUCUACAGUUGACAACAGAAAGGCUAAAACAAUUGAUACUUGCUGUUUGGAGCAUGAAAUUAAACCAGUCUGUGAUUUGGUUAGUGAUACUGAAGCAUUUAUUAACCGGGACUACAGUCAUAAUUUAUCUGAAAAUGUGAAUACUGUGGAAAGUCCAUUGGAAGGCCGCUUACUUGUUGACCUUAGUGCUCUCCAUGUGCAUAAUACAGGAGACGGAGUACACAAUGACAUCUACUUUGUGUCCAAUGAACAACUUUAUACCACAACAACUACAGACAUUUUUGAGAAUUCAAAGCAUGGGGCAGACUUGAGCCAGCUUAAUAUAAUUCUACCCUCUGUGAAUAAGGAUGAAAGUGUAAAUUCAAACAUUGACUGUUAUCCAAAAGAAAAUUGUACUGAAAAGAUUGAGGAAAGAAAUAUAAUAGAAUGCACCCAAUUUCAGAAACCCAAAUCUUGUUUGAUAACAAAUGAUCAAAGUAGCUCCAAUGCUUCAGAAAGUGUGUGCCUUUCAAAUUCAUUUGAAAGUAAUGCUCUAAAAUCAGAUAGUGUUUCUGAUCAUGAUGAAACAGUACAAAAUCAUGCUAGUACAGAAACUGCAUUGGAGCAAAAAUCGUCAUUGGAGCAAUUAGAUAAAUUACUUAAUGAAGAGAUGUGCAUUGAUAAUGCAGAUACUCCUUUUAUAAAAGGAUCUGAACCAGAGAAAAGCAACAGAUUUGUCUGUGGUGCAGAACAUAACAGUGCCCUGCUAUCAUGCCUUCCAGUUUCUGUUCAUAGCUCCGUAAUUGCAGCAGAAAACUCUCUAAACAACAAACAUGUGGCAAAUGAAUCUGAGAAUGUGCCUUUGGGUGAGACACAGGCCCCUUACACCAGUGAGUACUUAUCGAAUGCACCAGAGACUUUGUUUGUGGAUGUGACAUGGAAACCGCAAAUCCCUGAACAUUCUCUAGAUACAGAGGAGGCUAUGCAACCAAAUGUGAUCUGCAGUCUUCAGAGAAGAAAUACAAGUUUUGAUGUACCUGAACUUGCAUAUGCUGAUGCAGCCCAGAAUCCUGAAAGCAGCAAAGUUGAUAAUUUGCCAAAGAUGAUAGCUGUGGGUAUGCCCCAGAACCUUCAAAGUAAUAACAGUUUACAUCAUGAAUUAGACACUGCAGGACACAGUGUGAUGAUAAAGCACAGUACAGGAAACAGUGAAUGUUUGCAUGAAGAAAAUAAGACAGGAAUAAAAACACCAAUAGUUGAUGACAAAAACCCUGCUUUUGUAGUGGAGGGAACUACAAAUGUUGAUCACAUUGGUCCUGAUACGACCUGCAACGGCAGCCAGCCUGAUAUCACAGGAGUCCUUGAUAUACCGCCACCUAUAACAUGUGUUGUGUCUAAUGCAAUUGACAAUGUUAAUGGAUUAGUAAAUCCAGAGGAUGUUACUGACUCUAAUCAGGUUGAUACCAUUGACUACAGUUCCUUGACGGAAAGCAUAUCCUUCUCUUUGGAUUUUUCUAAUAACAUAAUUUCCAAUAAAGAUGUGGUGGAUGACUUCUGUUUGGGUGGCAUGGUGACUGAUGAAGAGCUAGAUGCAUUUUUACGAGAACAAGCCCUUAAAAGUAUGGAUUCCGAAACGCCCGACUCAGCAGAAGAAGGUUUUUUAAAAAUAAAUGAUGACCCUGUCCAAAACUCUCGGGCUGACAAGAGUAUCUUUAAUAGUGCUGAUGAUGCUGUGAAUGCUGAGUCUGAACUGCCAGAGUCUGAGAGAACUUUUUCUAGAGUAGAUACUCCUGUUUGUUCCAAGGAAACAGAUUUCCUAAAUGAUAGUAAGGAAAGUAGUAAAUACUUAAAUGAAGGGAUGGAAAGAGGUGAUUUAGUUUUGAUUAAAUCAAUUUCUAGUAUUCCUUCAGUUAAUCAGAUUGUUAGUAAUGAAAGUGUUCAUUUUGGAGGAGCAAGACCUAAGCAGCUUUUUAUGCAUCCUUCAAGAUCUUUACAAAAAAAUCCCAAGAAUGAUAAUGAAAGUGACAACUGCAGUCAUGGAUUAUAUUCCGCAGAGGAAGAACCUGUUAACACUAAUUUAGCUAAUACUCCAGAAAUUUGCCAAGAUAAAUUAUUCACAGGUCCUGAAUACUGUAACUCUGAGAGCAAAGAUCAUUUAAGUGAGACUGAAGAGACUUCUGACUCUUUGACUGUUCUUGCAAAUGUAGAAGAUGACCUUGGGGAAUCAUUUCUUCCUAAUGAUAAGCUGACAAAAGAGACAUCAAGUUUAGGACUGAAGCAACCUUUCUGGGUACCUGAUUCAGAUGCACCAAAAUGCAUGCGGUGCCAUUGCCGGUUCACUUUCACUAAACGAAGGCAUCACUGUCGAGCAUGUGGAAAAGUGUUUUGUGGGGUAUGCUGUAAUAGGAAAUGCAAGCUAGAGUACAUGGAAAAAGAAGCAAGAGUUUGUGCAAUAUGCUAUGAGACUAUUCAUAAAGCUCAAGCCUUUAAAAGAAUGAUGAGUCCUACUGGUCCAAAUCCAAACCCAAAUGUGCCUUCUGAAUAUUGUUCCACCAUCCCACCCAUGCAACAAGCAAAGGCAGCAGGAACACUCAACUCUCCGCCACCAACUGUAAUGGUUCCUGUGUCUGUACUGAAGCACCCUGGAACUGAAGCUGGCUGUCCACGAGAGCAGAAGAGAGUCCUGGUUUGCAGAUGGUAUCUUACAAAUGGGGAAAUUGCAGACCCAUGUAAACUAACCUCGGGGAGCAGAAGGUCAUCUCAAGACCCUAGUCCUGUGACCCAAGAACCACCUGAGACAUUACAGGAUUUGAGAAAUUACCAGUACACGUUGCCAUACAUUGAGGGUUUGCUGAUUCUAAUGGAAAUGGGAAAUAGUUCUAUUGAAAUCCCUAAAGAAAAAUAUAAUGAGGUAAUGAAAUUGUUACAUUCUCCCAAUGAACAUGUCAUCAGUAUGGGUGCAAGUUUUGGUACAGAGGCUGAUUCUUAUCUGGUGUGUGUUCAGAAUGAAGAUGGGGCCUAUCAAACACAAGCAAACAGCAAUGCAGAGAAGACCAGAAAAACAACGGGUGCAAGCUUUGUUGUGUUUAAUGGAGCCCUGAAAACCUCAUCUGGAUUCAUUGGCAAAUCCAGCAUAGUUGAAGAUGGUUUAAUGGUUCAGAUAACCCCAAAUACGAUGGAGGCACUUCGUCAGUCUUUUAGGGACAAAAAGGACUUCCAGAUUCCUUGUGGAAAAGUAAAUUCACCAGACUCAAGAGAAUAUGUUAACAUUCGUUGGGUGGAACAGAGGUCGUCUCUGAGAACUGGUUUUGUUAGUCCAGUUGAUGGAAGGUCUUUGGAAGCUGUACCAAGCGUAAAACUACAACAAGAGGCCGAAUUUGAGACCGCGGGAAAAUGCAUCAAAUGCACGGAGGUAUUUUAUGUUUUGAAAAGUGAGGCGGUGUCCUUUGCCAACAUCCCAACUGCUCACAGUCAGUUUCUGAAGGAGAUUGCAACAUCCUGUUGUGCUGCUCUUUCUGUUCACCUCAUGUCACUGACACAGAGUCACAUCAAUAACCUGGGACUUCGAAUCUUCACAGAAGCAGAUGUGGUUGAAUACCAGGCAGGAUCUGGAGGAAAGCUACUUCCACAGGCAUACAUGAAUGAACUGGAUAAUGUCCUGAUUCCUGUUAUCCAUGGUGGGAAUGUGGCUCUUCUGCAUUACCCAAUGGAGCUUGAAUUUAUUUUCUUCAUAACUGAAAGACUGGACUGACAGGACUGAAUACAUUUAACAUUUACAUAAACCAAAGCAUUAUUUAUAUUUAUUGUUAUUCAUUUAUAGCAAAUAACUGAAAGUACUGGACAAUAGUAAUUUGAUUAAUCUGGAUGCGUGGUGUACCUCCUAACUAGAGCGUGUUAUACUAUAUGGAACCUAAGCCUUAUACAGUGGAACCUCUAGAUACGAGUUUAAUUCGUUCCAGCACUGAGCUUGUAUAGCGAAUUUCUCGUAUCUAGAACAAACGUCCCCAUUGAAAAUAAUGGAAAUCCAGUUAAUCCGUUCCGCAUCCCAAAUAUAUUAACAUAAAAAUCAAUUUUCCUAACAAAUAACACUGAUAAAUUAUAUAUACUGUAGUCUACCUUUAAUAAAUAACACUGGUAAAUAAUAUAACUGAUUAUUAAAAGAAUCAAAACAGGUGUCCAAAGUGCAGUAGAGCAUUCAAUAAAUCUUUAAAUAAAUAAUCCUUAAAACAGUUGUGAAGUGGAGGUUUAAAGUACAUAAGAAUAACAAUCCUUUAACACGAGGUUAAAACGUCAACAGGAAGCAGUCUUCAAAAACAGAUGACAAUCCCCGGUGCUUCUUCUCUGUUAGCGUCUCACCUGCUUCUCCCAUGCGGGCUCUGCAACAGGCAAGACACUUAAUGCAGCUGACCUUCUCUACACCGUCCUGCUUCAGCUGUUUGGCUCGCCUGUUCAGCUACACGCGAGCCUGUACUCGCUCGCUCUCUCGCACCGACUUCCUACUGCUGCGGAUUCCUGCCUCCUCCUGCAACCUCCGUUCUCUCUCCUCUCCUCUCUUUUCUUUUACUUCUUCUCCCCCUUAACCGGCUCGCGCUUCUCAAUAUAUGUGGGGAAGACAUGGCAGCUGCUAGGGUUACCACUUUUAAUACAAAAAAAUAAGGGACGCAUACGUAUUGAUUCAAAACGGGACGCGCAAUUUCAUUCUCAAAUACUGGACAAUUUCGUAUUUUAAAGGACGGGUGGCAACCCUGCCCAGCCCAUCAGCCACAGGACAAAUCAUGGAUGUGGGCAGUUUCCCACCUGUGCACUUAGGUGAGAAACACAGACACCGCAGAUCGCCCUGCGGCUCGCUACAGCUGCCACGCCCCCUCGCUAAACCGCGAGCUAUACCCACAGCCUGGCUCGUGGCUCAUUACGUGAGCCAAUGCUCGUAUUUAGAUCUGAAUUUUUCGCUCAUACUUUCCUCGUAUUUUGAAUUUCUCGUAUACAGAGGUGAUCGUAUCUCGAGGUUCCACUGUAUUACAUUGGAUACCUGGCACUUUAUCUGCAGAGAGGUUAUAUAAUCUUAACAUGUUCUCUUUCUAAUUCUGAGAAAUUACUGAAUCUUUUGUAUUUAAAUUUUACGUCAAUUAUAGUAGUUUUAUUUUCGGUUAGAAGUAUUCGGUAUAUUCUGUAAAUGUUUUACUCUGCUGUUCCUUUCUUUGUGGUAUUUUUGGAAAACCCUGUUGUCUUUAGGCUUUUUUAUUAGAUCUUUCCUGUAUAGAAAAUAUUUGGAUAGAAACACUAUUCUGGAAGCUUUAUUUUGGAAGCAUCAAAAAUAUUUUUGAUAGAUUGGCAUUCAGUUGAUCUGCUAUUGCCAUGCAGUCAUCAUUGCACACCUGUGACCUUUCAGAGUAACUCAAAUAUCUGAGUAAGUUACAGGCAGAGCUUUCAAAAGUUAAUUUCACAUUUACCAUUUUGGCCUACAGGUUACUGAACAUAACGCAG